AUGGGACUUUUGUUGCCCUGUGUCGUGCUGUUAUCUCUUUCCACUUUGACAGCCGGGUUGGAUUUUCAGCAGGAUCCCCAGCCUUUCGGACAGUCGGUUUUUGUGCGGAAUUCAAACACAUUGGGAAAAGCUGCGAAUAUCGUUAAGAGAUCCCUGCCUGCAUGGCUGGCGGCAUCACCAAAGCACAAGAUAAAACGAAGAAACGUCGACAAGGCCGAUUCCUGCGAGUCUCUUCAAGGAUUUGAGACCAAGUUAAACGCCAACACCCACAGUUAUAUCUUCAAUGACUUGAGUGGUUCAGUGUCGCUGGCCUGGGUUGGAGAUGGAACAGGGGUCAUCCUGGCUUUGACGACCUUUCAGGUGCCCUUCUUCAUGAUCCGGCUGGGACAGUCCAAACUCUACCGAAGCGAGAACUACGGGAAGUCUUUCCAGGAUGUGACUGACCUCAUCAACAGCACCUUCAUCAGAUCAGAAUUCGGCAUUGCUAUCGGCCCCGAGAACUCUGGGAAAGUGAUCCUGACAUGUGACAUCUCUGGAAGUCUUGGGUCUCGCAUCUUCGUCUCAGAUGACUUUGGAAAGAGUUUCACCCACCAAGACCUGCCCUUCACCCCGCUGAUGCAGAUCUCCUACAACCCUGAGGACUCCAAUGCGCUCAUGGUCAUCAGUAACAAUAAUGAACUAUGGCUGUCUCAAGAUUUUGGCAGCAACUGGAAAAAGAUCCAUGACAUGGUGUGUCUGGUCAAAUGGGGAAGGAAAAGUACCAUCUUCUUUACAGCCAAUCUCAAUGGUUCCUGCAGUGACCGUGGAGUUCUUGAGCUGAGGAGGACAACAGACUACGGGAAGACUAUUAAGACUGUCGCCACUAAGAUCUACUCCUUCGGCCUGGGAGGACGCUUCCUCUUUGCCUCAGUAAUGACAGGCAAGGGAACGCUGAGGAUGAUCCAUGUUUCAGUCGACUCUGGGGACUCGUGGAAUAUGGCUCAGCUACCGGCUGUUGGUCACGAACAGUUUUACUCCAUCCUGGCAGCAAACAAUGACAUGGUCUUCAUGCACGUCGAUGAGCCAGGAGAUACAGGGUUUGGUACUGUUUAUGUAUCAGACGACCGUGGAACAGUGUAUUCCAAGUCCCUGGAGCGGCACCUCUACACCACCACAGGAGGUGACACAGACUUCACCAACGUCACCUCCCUGCGAGGAGUUUUCAUUACCAGCAUCCUGGCUGAAGAUAGUUCUGUGCAGUCUGUGGUGUCAUUUGACCAGGGAGGGGAAUGGGUUCCUCUGCAGAAACCUGCCAACAGCAAGUGUGACGCUACUGCCAAAGACCCCGAUAAGUGUAAUCUGCACAUCCACGGAGCCUACAGUAUCACCACUAGGCUCAACGUGCCCAUGCUGCCGCUGUCCGAACCAAACGCUGUGGGUCUGAUCUUAGCUCAUGGGAGUGUGGGUGACUCUAUUUCAGUGAUGAAGCCUGAUGUCUAUGUGUCUGAUGACGGAGGGUACACCUGGAUAAAAGCCCUCAAAGGACCCCAUCACUAUGCUAUUCUGGACUCUGGAGGCCUGCUGGUGGCUGUGGAGCACAGUCCGACUCAACCGAUCAAUGAGAUCAAAUUUUCUACUGAUGAAGGACAGUGUUGGCAUGUGCACAAAUUUGCCACAGAGGCCAUCUACUUUACUGGACUGGCCUCAGAACCGGGAGCUCGCUCCAUGAAUGUCAGUAUCUGGGGCUACAAAGACUCGAUGCUCAGCCAGUACUGGAUCUCCAUCACCAUCGACUUCAGGGAGCUCCUGACCAGAGACUGCCAGGAUGCGGACUACGUGCAGUGGUUGGCCCACUCCAAUGACAUCAGCGACCCCAAAGAUGGCUGCAUACUUGGCUACAAAGAGAAGUUCCUGCGUCUUAGAAAGGACGCCGUCUGCUGGAACGGACGGGAUUACGAGGUCAACACCCAGCCAACCCCCUGUGUCUGUACCCUGGACGACUUCCUGUGUGACUUUGGAUACUACCGUGAGGAGAACAGUUCAGUGUGUGUGGAGCAGCCAGACCUCAAAGGAAAAGUGCUGGAGUUCUGUCUGCACGGCAAAGAGGAGCAGCUGCAGACCAGUGGCUACAGGAAAAUCCCCGGAGAUAAAUGCGAGGGCGGAGAGACACCUCAGCGUAAAGAGAUCGACCUCAGUGUGCGAUGUGUGAGCGACCUGGUGGAGCCCGUGGUUGGUGAACACUCCAACUCGAUGCCUGUUGCGAUAAUGGUCAUCAUCAUCGUGAUGCUGCUGAGCGCUGCAGCGGGAGUCGUCUUCAUCAAGAAAUAUGUCUGUGGGGGCAGGUUUUUGGUUCACCGAUACUCUGUGCUGCAGCAGCACGUUGAAGACAACGGCGUGGAUGGAAUAGAUGAUCCACUGGAGACCAACCACACUCAAAACGGCAAGAUAGAGUUUCACGAUGACUCAGACGAGGACCUCCUCGAAUAGCAGGCGCAACCUGUCGCACCGCCGAGCAACAGGUUUUCCAGUCCACGCCGUGGGCAGCCGCUGUCUGUCACUCUUUUGUCUUCAGCUACUUCUUCCUUUCACCUUCUAGUACGAACCGUGGCCUCAGCUACGAGACAAAGAGUCACCGCUGUCGUCUCUGAGGUGAAGUGACUGUAUGGAGGCUCCCUGGUUCUAAAGCUGCAGUGGAGGACGAGUCUAAUCUAGAAUAUGAAGGAGGUCUUGUAGUGUUUCGCUUCGAUUACUGAUUCUUUUGAUUGAGGUUGAAUCUGUGAGUUAUUUAUUCUAGGGAACCAAGAACUAAUGCAGUGACCUGAACUGCUGUCAGAGCCAAUGUUAAUGGAUUUUCUGUUCGAAUCCACCAUGUUCACGUUCAGGGUUCCACUUCUGUCCUGGAAAUACUCGCUUCUCUGGAACACUCCUGUCUGUUUUCUCAUGCACUUGUACAUAAACCUGUUUUUCUUUGCCAUUUUUCCAUGUGGUAAUCUCUGUCUGUGUUCAAAGAUGGCUGAAGGUUGCUGGUUAAUAACCCCCCCCCCCCCCCCCAACCCUUUUGGCGUCUUAUUUCUACAUUAAAUUAAGUAUUUUUGAAUCCCCUUAAGGCCAAUGUAAAUUUCUGCCUCCUCUGUGCUUGAGGGGACACUUUGUGAAAUACACUGUUGUCUUUGUUUGGAAUGAAAACCUGCACACUUUUGUUGCAGAGGUUUAAAAUCCACAGUUGAAGUAAUAAGACUCAAGUGGAGAUUUCCAUUUGCAGCAUUUUGAUAGCAAUAACAUGUUCAGAUUCAGUAUAUUGUCCAUGUUUAACACUUUCAUUGAUGAGUGGACCAGUUGAGAGGGUUGAGUUGAGAGGUUUUUUUUGGUUCUAAAUCAAUAUCCGGACAUGGAACUGCCCAAAGCACAAGCUCCUUUGUGUGAAUGAGUUUGUUGUUGAACAGUUUCCUCCAUGUGACGUGAUAAAGCUGUAAUAAUCACUGUAGUCAUGUCAUUCAAUGGCAUUAACAAAAUCAUGUUUUUAAUUAAUUGAAUUUUUCUACUAACACAUUUUCAGCUUUAUUUAAAAAACGACUUUCCACAUAGUUUCAAAGACAGGUAACUAUAGUUUGAUAGCUACGCAUAGAUAUUUUUUACAACGGAUCCAGAUGACUAAGCGAAUCAGAGUAAUUGGCACAGAAACAAUGUGGAAAAACCAGUUUAAAUAUGUAAAUACGUCGGACUGUAACCUAUGAGGAGAGUGAACAGACGUCGGUGUGUGAGCUGCAACACUGUGUGAGACUUGUUUUCAUCUGUUUUUGACUAGAAUUCUGUAAAAUAACAGGGUCUGCUGUUGUUUUCUUUUGAUUCACACCGAUACUGUCAUUUUGAAAGAAAACUGGCUUAGCUUUUCUAUCAACAAAUUAGUCUUUACAGGGUUUUUUUUCCCAUUUGUUGCACAUUCAUUUGCACAUCUUGUGUUGUCGCUUUCCUGCAGGGUUUAUUUAUUUGUGAUGAAGAAGUUCAGAGUGCAGUAAACGUGCUAGAGUUUGGUUAUACAAGUGCCUGCUGUGAGGGUUUGAUGUGAGGGCCUUUUAAUAUAUGGGCCAGGGUCUAUUUACUAAUAUUUAUUUAUCAACCGAAGUGUAAUCAGUUUCAUCCAUUCUGUUAAUACACCAGUCUCUUGCACUUGUUGUAUGUGAUUAAGGAAAUGAAAUAUCGGUUUCAUACAGACUUCCACUGAACUGCAUGUUGAUUUUUAAUAUUUACAGUGACAGCUUUGAUAAGGAAAUAAGCUCCAAUAACCUGGUAAUGCUCUUUUAUUACAUCUCAGUAAAUAUACUUUAACUGUGAUACAUUGAUGAAGAAUCAGCUGGAUUUAAAAUAAGUGACUACAGGGUUAUUAUGUAGCUGCUACACACUGGAAGAGUUUUAUUUAAUGACGGUUCUUGCAUUGCAUUUAAUGACUUGCAUUACGUGAGGGUACCACAUUUUUCUUACAGUUUGAGAUGCUGUGUAAAUUAAUAAGUCGUGAUGGUUCUGUAAAUAUACAAGGUUACAUCUUUGUAUCUGCUUUGUUUCUCUCUUCUGUAUAUUUGAGGCAGUUUUCUUUGAGGUUAUAAAUAAAUUCAUAUGUUCCUGUA